CAACGAAAUCACUGAUAUAAAAACGGUUCGAAAUCUCCACUCAUACCAACACUCGUUUCUUUCUCUUCAAGAUUAAGAAAAUAAAAAAAAAAAGUCAUCCCGUUCCAAUGUCUUCUCCCGCAGAAUGGUACAAUUCACUUCCACCUAUAAGCAAGGUGUAUGGGACCUUGUGUCUGUUAACUACAGCAGCAGUUUCACUAAAGUUAUUGUCACCCUAUUAUAUUGCAUUGCUCCAUGAGGAGGUCUUUUACCGUUUUCAGGUGUGGAGACUGCUUACAAACUUCCUCUUUCUUGGCCCGUUCUCUAUCAAUUUUGGAAUCCGCUUACUAAUGAUAGCACGAUAUGGAGUUCAAUUGGAGAGUGGGCCUUUUAAUAGGCGUACAGCCGACUUUUUGUGGAUGAUGAUAUUUGGUGCUUUUACGCUUUUGGUAUUAUCGGCAAUUCCUUUAUUUGAGUCAUACUUUUUGGGGGUAUCGCUCGUUUUUAUGCUCCUGUACGUGUGGAGCAGGGAAUUUCCAAAUGCUAACAUCAACAUUUAUGGCCUUGUGCAACUAAAGGCAUUCUAUUUGCCAUGGGCCAUGCUUGCUAUGGAUGUAAUAUUUGGUUCGCCAAUCGGCCCUGAUCUAUGUGGCAUCAUUGCCGGCCAUAUGUACUACUUCUUAACGGUCUUGCAUCCUUUAGCUGGUGGAAAGCUUAUACUGCAAACUCCGAAGUGGGUACAUAAAAUAGUUGCAAAGUACAGAAUUGGAGCUCCAGCAUAUACUCCGGCCCAACCGGCUAGCAACACGAGUGGGGCAUUUAGAGGAAGAUCUUACCGCGUUGGUGGUUGAUUGUAUCUUAUGAGUAUCAUUUUGAUUUUGAAAACAGGGUAAGGUAGGAAUUUGACACAUUUUGGAUAUCAAAUGCCAUUUGUAGCUCUCAUGUACAAAUCUAAAAGUGUGUCAAGACCUAAUGAGUCUUUUAAUCUUAUAAUUUUUGCACUCUUUUUUUUUUUA